UCUAUGUGCACAGCAGCCGGUACAUGCUCGGCUCAGCCCUCACUCAGUGACAGAUAGUUGUCCGUCAGGACUGGGGGGUAGGCUGGCCAUCUCGGAAAUAAUCUGCCCACGCGUUAAGCUGCUUUAUCCCCGCCGAGCCUGAGCCUGAGCCGGACAGAGGCUGCCGCAGCUCCGUUAGCAGGAAAGAAAGAGGAGGAAAGAAAAAAAGUGAAACAGAGACAAGUUUGAGAAAUCAUUUUCAGGGUUCAGAGCAGUGUGUGCUCGCUGUGCAAGCAUACAUGGCCACCUGACUGGACCCUGACACGCAGAGCUGAAGCUGAACCUGCUGCCGUGUGUUCAGUCCACAGCAAGUCCACACUGGGAAUCUAACCACAGCGAAAAGCUGGCACCGGUGGUUUGGUCAUGGACAGCGCUGGAUUUCGGAUAUUCCUGAUAACAACUUGUGUUAUUCCAGGAAUAAUUGGCCAGACUGUGGAAAUGGAUGAUGGGAAGUCAGGGUAUCUUGGCUCAAAAGUGGAUCUCCGUUGUCGGUUCAUCAACAGCUCGCCACCUGUCAAAAUCUCUCAGGUCACAUGGCAGAAGCUUGUGAAUGGCACUAAGCAGAACGUGGCGAUAGCCAACCCCUCCCUGGGUGUGUCCGUUGCCCAGCCUUACAGGGACCGCGUCAUCUUCAAGAACGCAGCGGUGAGGCGACGGACUCCUAAUCUUGAAGACACCACCAUCACCUUCUCCUCGCUCCGGCUCUCUGACGAGGCCACCUACAUCUGUGAAUACACCACAUUCCCUGCAGGGAACCGGGAAAACACUGUAAACCUCACAGUCUAUGUUCGCCCAACUACUCAGAUGAGCCUGUCCACGCCGACGCUGGUGGCUCGUUCAACCAAUCUGAAAACACCAGUGGCCACUUGCGUCUCUGCCAAUGGAAAACCACCCGGUACCAUCAGGUGGGAGACGAGGGUACCAGGAGAAGUGACCACUCGAGAGUACAGAAACUCAGAUGGAACGUUCACCGUACAGAGUGACUACAUUUUGGUGCCCAGCAGAGAAACACACAAGGAAACGCUCACCUGUGUCACCACCUUCAAUGAGGAGGUCUUCACUGACAGUGUCACCCUGGAUAUUCAGUAUGAGCCAGAUGUUUCGGUGAAUGGGUUCGAUGGAAACUGGUAUCUGAACCGAGAGAAUGUCCAGCUGAGCUGCCAAGCUGAUGCCAACCCAGCUGUCUCUCUGUAUCAGUGGAGACUCAUUAAUGGCUCCAUACCGAGCAACGCUGAGAUCCGGGACAACGUCCUAACCUUUAAAGGGCCAGUCACAUAUGACGUGCAGGGCACAUAUGUGUGUGAUGCAACCAACAGUAUUGGGACGCGGUCAGGCUCUGUGGAGGUCAGCAUCAUAGAAAAGCCACUACCACAGAUCGCGACGGGUGAUGUCAUCAGUGUAAUUGCUUUAUUGCUGGCUGCUGGAGUGCUCAUGGGCAUUACUAUCACAGUCCUGGUUCUCAAAAUAAGAAGUAGAAAAGAAGACUCCUCAAGUGACUCUCCAUCCAGGAAACUGUCCCAGCCAAUAAGGAAAAGACCAGGAGAUGAUAUCCAGCAUUCAGGACGGUUUUAUGAGGAGCUUCCAAACACAGCGGACUAUGUGAGCUACAGACUGGCCUGUAACAAGGAGGACUACCCUGAACCCUAUUCCCCUCCCAUUAACCCCCCUCUCUCAUUUCUACCCCAACAACCCUACCAAUCCCCGCAACCAACCAUAGCAGACAGCAGCAGCAGCAGCAGCAUGUCCAAAAACACCUUCUCCCUUCCUUCACACACCACGGCCAUCUUUAAAUACCCGUCAGUACAGGGCCUGUCUUCCCCCCCGCCAGGAGUUGCAGCGUACACUUUCCCCAAAGAGCAGUACGUCUGAACUUUCUUACAAACUCAAACCUCUUCAGUAAGCUCAGAACAAACAACCUGCUUUAAACCUGAACCUUUCCCAAGAGGAGGUUGUUGUUUAACUCCGGACUAUCAGACAGUGACUGACUGUACCACUGUGAACAGCUCCGGAAGUCAAGGGACAGUGCAGCUUUUGUUUUUGGGCUUUUAAAGCAUUUCCUCUCCUUUGUCCAGUCUUUUAUUGUGUUAUCCAUUCUUGAAAAGGGAAUAUUGUUGAACCAUGUUUCAAAAACACGUUUAAGUUUUAGUAUAAAGGAAGGUCAAGCUAGAGAUGAUUUGACUGUCAUUUAAAAUAUAUAAUGUAUGUUGCAUGGAUGUAUUAUAUUUAAUUGAUACUUUCAACUUAAUGGAUAGGAUUAUUUCUUCAUGUCUGAUGUGAUUGACUCCUGAAUUUAUCAUCUAUGGGAUCAUUUUGUAAAAAAACAGAAAACUAAAAAAAUGUUUCCUACUUUAUUUGUAACACCCACUCUUCAUCCUGCGUCGUACACACUGACAGUCCCUUCACUGAGGAACAGCAGGCCUCACUGCUUGGUUGUAUCUCCUGUUCUGAUAUGAAACUUUUACUGUGUUUGUAUUUUGUAUUGUUUCUGUUGUUCUUUACAAAGAAAAAAAAUAAUUUUUAUUUACUGAAGACUUUGUUGAAUUAUGAUGUUUCUGUUUUUAUUUGCGCUAUCUGCGGGUUUUAGUAUUCAUUGACACUGGUUGUUGGAUGAGCCUUGAAUUUUUAGCAUUUAAAUAAAAAACAUGUAAACUCAGCAACAGCUGAA